GAGAGGGGGGUGUGUCUGUGUCCCAUACGGGUAUCUGCCUCGGAGAGACUGAGCAGAGGCGGGAAAUGGCGCCUGGUAACACAACGGUGUGUCAUUUCGGAGACGGCCCUUGAGCAGAUACACGGUAAAAGUCGGUUCUGGUCACGUAAACAACAAAUUCCUCCGUUGUGAUGGUCACUCGGCGUUGAGUUGUCAUCUCCAGAUACUGCGGAUCACUCUAAAAUUUACAUGUGACUGCUCAAACAAUGAGGCUGAGAAUGCGUAAGGCGUCUCAGCAGCCGAACCCUAGUCUGGCAAGUCGCCCAUCCCGGACCAAGCGGAGACAUUCAGAAGUAGAAGAGGACACUCCUACUAGCGGUGGGAGGGGCUUGUUCUCAACCAUCAAGAAGUUCAUCAGAGGAAAUGCUGUCAAGGUGCAGCAGGAAAGCCCAGCCAAGAAGUCACGCCUCCACUGUGAUGUGGACAACAACCUGAUCACCUCUACUCCUCCGAAUGCCAACAACCCCCGCAGCAGGGUUGGCAGGAGAGGCCCAGUCAAUGGACAGGCUACCAAUCAUGACAGGAGUAAGGAGAAGCCCAAUGGCAGCCUGGAGGAGACGACAGCUGUUGAGGUGACGGCCAGCCCUCCCAGAACAACACUUCUUGGGACCAUCUUUUCUCCUGUUUUUAACUUUUUUUCACCAGCUAAAAAUGCCUCUUCUGGCUCAGACUCUCCAGACCAGGCGUUGGAGGCUGAGGAGAUAGUAAAGCAGCUUGACAUCGAGCAAGCUGUGGAGACACCCACCAGCACAGCCACAUCCACACAAGAACUCUGUGCCACCACUAACUUCUACUCUAGCGUAUCCCAGCUGCCUCCCUUGCGGCCUCCUCACAUCCCAGAGGUGUCUUCAACAGUAGAGGAAGGAGAACUGGACACUGAUGCUGACCUUCCACCCCUCACGGCUCCAGGCUCCAGUCCAGAUAUGGCAUAUGUGGACUCUCCUCCUGCUGCAGUUCCACCAGAGGCAUCUUAUGAGGAAGACUGGGAAGUUUUUGACCCGUAUUUCUUCAUCAAACACGUCCCUCCACUGACGGAAGAGCAGCUCACUCGUAAACCAGCCUUACCGCUGAAGACCCGCAGUACGCCAGAAUUCUCCCUCGUCCUAGAUCUGGAUGAGACUUUGGUUCACUGCAGUUUAAAUGAGCUGGAGGAUGCAGCGCUCACAUUUCCUGUCCUCUUUCAGGAUGUCAUCUACCAGGUCUACGUGCGCUUGAGGCCAUUCUUUAGAGAGUUUCUGGAACGCAUGUCUCAAAUCUAUGAGAUCAUCCUUUUCACAGCCUCUAAAAAGGUCUAUGCAGAUAAACUCCUCAAUAUCUUGGAUCCUAAGAAGCAGCUAGUGAGACACAGGUUGUUUCGCGAGCAUUGUGUCUGUGUCCAGGGAAACUACAUCAAGGACCUCAACAUCUUAGGCAGAGACCUGUCAAAGACCAUCAUCAUUGACAAUUCACCACAAGCCUUUGCAUAUCAGUUGUCCAAUGGGAUUCCCAUAGAGAGCUGGUUCAUGGACAAGAAUGACAAUGAGCUGUUGAAGCUGGUGCCCUUCUUAGAGAAGCUGGUCGAAAUGAACGAGGAUGUGCGGCCACACGUUCGGGAGAGAUUCCGGCUUCAUGACUUGUUGCCCCCAGAUUGAACCAGAUGACGGUCUCUCAUGACGGGACAACACGAACAGACUGAAAGGCAACAUGCGUGUAAAAAAAGAAAAAAAAAAGAAAAACCCUCUUUGGAUUACAAACUACAACAUUGCCAUUACUGUUAAAUUUUUAGCCUUUUUUUUUUUUUUUCUUUUUUUGGUUUGUUCUUUUUGCUUUCAAACCCACCAUUGCUUUUUAAAAAAAAACUUCUAAAGAAAAACAUUUUUAAAGAUCUGGGUGAAAUUUUCUAAAUAUCUACAUGUAUAAACAAAAUUACACACACUAUGAACAAGCCCAGGUAGACUCCUCUUUUUGACGGACUCUUCAGUUGUGGAGCUGGAUAGAGUCUCCACGCUAAAUUGCAAAGUCUUGGUGCUGGCUCAGUGGAUACGAAUAUGCCACCUGGUAAAGAGGAACUCCAGCCCCACAGAGUCCCUGAACCCACAUCCCUGGUGCUCACGCUGUUGACACGGACUAAUAAUGACACUCUGCGGCUACAGACUAAUACCAGCAGGAACAAGCAGCCUGCAAAUCAAUCUGUGCAUGUGUGUAUGUUUACUCUAAGCCACACACACUCACUGAUUCGGUGUUUGGGGAAACCUGCAAUCUGUAGCCUUUAAAAUCAUAUGCAUUCCUCUGUAGCUGGGUCAAGUUUCUAUUGUUGGUUGCAGUUUUUUCUGGUAAAACUGGUGUUUCAUUGUUUUUAAACAGAUAGCGUUUCAAAUUGUAUUCUGUUUGUAAGAUAUGAUAUUUUAAAAGGGGUCAUGUAACUUCAAUCCUAAGCCUUUCUUUUCCAUCAGAAGAACACAGAUGGUGCGUAAUAAUGGUGGCAGUCCACUCCAUAGUUGAAUCCAGUGAAUUAUUGCAAGACCUUAAGUACACUUUGUUCUUGUUCUAAUAGAGUUAAAUCAGUAUGUUGGCUUCACUGUGGACACAAUACGGCUCCUUAAUUAACUGUUAGGAUUAAGAAUCUUGUUACCUGUAAAUCUGACAUAUUGUAAAGGUUUGAGGGCAUUCAUUUUCGCAGUGGUAUGUGUCAACGUUUAACCUUUUUCUUUAAUAAUAGUAUUUGAUUUGUCAUUUGUCUAUAAUCAGUAUUGUCUUUACUCCUAAUCAAGUAUUCUGGCUAAAUCAGAGCUUUGUUUCUUUUACUUGUAACGUGUAAUUUGACGGCUAUAUCGGUAGCAUUAUACGACUAAUGUAGCGCACCUCUGCCUGUGUGUCAUGAAGUCUACCCAUGGAAGAAAUCUGUGGCCAGACCCUGAACCAGCCAUUAUCUGGCACCAGCAACAUACUGUUUUAACAGUCAGCCUCUUUGAGGUUAUGUACAUCUUGACUGCCCCUCGACCUGUAUGUCUACUUUUUUUUUUUUUUUUUUUAUGUUAAGCACAGUCAACACGUUGUGUUAUAAGAAUGGUAACUAUGAAUGUGUUUCUGCUCUUUCAGAAUGGAUUUUUAAGCCAAAUUGGCAUUUUACUCCUGUUGUUUCAUCUUAAUUUAUUCACUAGUGAGACAGCAAUGUAAAUGUGUUGACAUCCUUGUCGGCAUCAACAAAGAAGGCACAAACAGAAGCUUGUCUGUCUUUUGGUUGCUUCUUGAUCUUCAGCGAGGCAAAGACAACCAGGAAAGUCUCCUUAACAAUUGAAUAUGCACCGCCGAGUGACGCUGGGUUCUCCUUGGGUUUAAAUCCAAGUGCAUUUUAUGUUUUGAAGCAGUUGUGAGUGUUUGGUUUGUCUGGGUUGCCUGUACAGUGCCAUACAAUUCCUCUCCUCACAAGUAUGCCAUUCCCUGUGCUCUCACCCCCUCCAAAUGGUUAAAUAGAAAGAGACAAUCAGACCUCAAAGAUCUACAGAAACUGAAACCUGGAGACCCCACGCGCCCCCGUUUCCCUUUGAUUUCAAUGUGCAGUAUGUGUUGUGUACUGUGAUUCCACUGAGUUGUAUCCCGUGAGUUUAAGAUUUUCCCGGUAAACCCCGCUGUGCCCUGUCCAACCCCCUCCUCCGCUGCUUACUCACACAGGACCUGCUCGCAGAUGGUUUUGGAUCUGUUCAGCAUCUGCCUGUCUGCCUUUUUCACCACAAGUUAGUAGCUCUCGAAAAAUUCAAAUUAGUUUGUAUUCAAGUGAAAUUGUUACAGGGCACAAUGGUGUUUACUCAGACAUAAUGUUAGAGAAUACAUGUCCAGACUAUGAAUGUAAAUUGUACAUGGGGUGAAGUCUUAAGUGUCUUUCCAAACUCCGCAUUGCGGUGCCUCCGCACAAAACUCGAACAAAAACCAGACGAUGAAAAUUAACUUUCUCUGGUCAGAUCUUCACUAUUUUACAAGGAGGUGAAAUCAAUGUGCACAGAAGUGGAAAUAUGUCUUGAGCUCUUGCCAUGGUAGCCCCCCGCCCCCCCUGCCCACCCCCAUGACCUCUCACCAUCAUUACUGCCAUCUUUUAGUAUGCAAGCCUCAGAGUGUUCAACACGUAGCCCAGGUUUUCUCAUCUCUUCAUUGGGCUUUUUGGAUUGUGUAUUAUCAGUCAUGGCUUGUUCCUGAAGGAUCGGUGGGAGACAUUUAAAUAGUUUUCAUCCAGCUCAUUUUUAUGUGCAUUACCAGUUUAUUAUUGUACACUGAGUGUUGUACAAUACAUGCAGCUUCAUGUAAAAAAAAAAUCCUUAAAGUAAGGAAAAUCUUUUGUAUUUUUGAUUUCAAAAGGCAUGUCAUAUCUACUUUUUAAAUGUAUUAAUGAAGAUUUAACUUUACAUCAAAUGGAGUGUUUUUUUUUUUGUUUUUUUUUUCUUACAAAUAUCUGUAUGUUUAGUUUAGCGCAAUGUCACUGAACUGUUAAACUUAGCAUGUAGAGAAUACAGCUUGCUUCGUGGGAAAGUCCUGAAUUAAAUUUUAAUCAUGGCACUUUUUCUGCAGAAAAAAGCAAUCGUGUUAAUGAUUUUUGUUUUUUCAUUAUCGGUUAAGCCAUUUUACUUGCAAGAAUUGCUAUUUGUGCUGAAGAUGUAUUUAAAAAAGUUUUAAGACAUCUUUGUUAGCCGUCAGGCUAUGCUAUUGUAAAGUGUAUAUACAGUUACAUUGAAUUUCUGAAACAAAGUUUUAAAGUUAAAAC